AUGACAAAGGCAAAUAAGUGGUGUUCUCACCCUAUUCGGCAUGCUGAAGCACGUAAAGUUGGACGGUCUCCAUCGGAUCCUAAAGGAAUAUAUCGUGUGUCGUUGCAACUUAUGAAAUUUCUCAAUCAACAAUAUGGUGUCACUGGUAUUAAUUCUUCGCAGUUGAAUAUGGGAAAAUUUUACAUAUGUACUCGUUGCUACGAGUAUGAGAUGGAUCGAAUGAAAAGUACUCGGAACUUUUCAAGCAAUCUAGAACUAGUUAAUAAUGGUAAUGAAUCAGCUGAAGAUAUGGAACUACGUUUAUCAAUUGACUCUUUGCAUAUGCAAGACAUUUCCGAAGUUAAUUAUUCUGUUUUAUGGGUAACAAUUUAA